GAAAGAUAAACAGCAGCCCGUCUGCGCUUGAAAAUGUCUGAUCUGGAGAUCGAGGACUUCGACGCGGACACCCUGUCGGAUACGUCGCGCAUGGUCCCGGGGCUGCCGCCCUACAACAUGGAGGACCAUCUCCUGCCCAUGGAACGGCGUAGCACCUGCGCUUGCUGGGCGUGGGCGUGCCUGGUGGCAGCCAUGAACUCUUUGGCCUUCCUCUUGAACGUGCUGCUGAUGGCCGCCAUCUUUGCCGUCGUCCUCCUGCCCACCAUCGUGGUGGUCUACUUUGGCUUCCAAUGCCACUCCCGGGUGCUCCAUUCCACAGCCUACUACUGCAAGUCCGUGUUGGACGACAACAGCUCUUCCGCCCUGAUCAUCCUCGGCUUCGUCAUCAUGUCCCCACUCAUCGUGGUGGCCAUGGCCAUCUACUGCAGCCUGGCGCGACGCCUCCACCUCUUUAUGUGUUUCCAGCCGUGCGCCCGGGCAGUCUACAAGGGUGUGAAGUGGCGCUGGUAUGAAGAAGGCGGGCUGUGCGGCUGUGUCAAGGAGUGGAACGCCCACGUGAAGGCCUGGGUUUAAGC